GCCGCGCCGGGACGGCCCCCAGCGCCGCAUUGGCCCGGCGGCUCCGCGGAGGAGAGAGGCGGGGCGGGCGGGAGCAGCGGCCGCAGGGCUCUGGGGUGGUGCCGCCGCUCACCGCCGGCUUCCCGGGCAAGGCAGGAAGAGACAGAGGAGGAGGAGACAUUCCAGCUGCUGCAUCUCUUUCUCUGCGAAGACAAGUUAUGUCAACAGCUGCUUUAAUCCAUUUGGUAAGAAACGGAGGUUAUCAAGUUCGAAGGAGAGCCCUGCUGACAUCCCGCCUCUUGCAAGACGAGAAGCGUCCGGCAGCCGAGUGCUACAUUUCCACCUCCGAGCGCCGGGCAUCCCGCUUCGAUCCGGACGGCAGCGGGCGGCCCGCCACGUGGGACACCUUUGGCAUCUGGGACAAUCGCAUUGAUGAACCUAUUCUCCUCCCACCUAGCAUAAAGUAUGGGAAGCCGAUUCCAAAAGUCAGCCUGAGCAAAGUGGGCUGCGCCAGCCAUAUUGGGAAGCGGAAGGAAAAUGAAGACCGCUUUGAUUACGCUCAGCUGACAGAGGAUGUCCUGUACUUUGCGGUAUACGAUGGACACGGCGGGGCAGCAGCAGCAGACUUCUGCGCUAAGAACAUGGAAAAAUAUAUCAAAGAAUUUGCUGCUCAGGAGGAGAACUUAGAAAAAGUUUUGAACGAUGCUUUUCUAGAAAUAAACAAAGCAUAUGAAAGGCAUGCUCAGCUGUCUGCUGAUGCAACUCUGAUGAACUCUGGGACCACUGCAACAGUGGCCCUGCUGCGGGAUGGUAUUGAGCUGGUUGUGGCAAGCGUGGGCGACAGCCGUGCCCUCCUAUGUCGAAAAGGAAAGGCCAUGAAACUCACCAUUGACCAUACGCCAGAAAGGAAGGAGGAGAAGGAAAGGAUUAGGAAGUGCGGUGGCUUCGUUACCUGGAACAGUUUGGGACAACCUCAUGUGAAUGGUAGACUUGCAAUGACGCGGAGCAUAGGAGAUUUGGAUCUUAAAAACAGUGGUGUGAUAGCCCAGCCAGAAACAAAAAGGGUUCAGUUGCAUCACGCAGAUGACAGCUUCCUGGUCCUUACUACAGAUGGUAUUAACUUCAUGGUGAAUAGUCAGGAGAUCUGCAACUUCAUCAACCAGUGCCACGAUCCCGCUGAAGCUGCCCACGUUGUUACUGAGCAGGCAAUGCAGUACGGCACCGAAGAUAAUAGCACAGUUGUCAUAGUGCCAUUUGGAGCGUGGGGAAAGUAUAAAAAUGGCGAGAUCAACUUCUCCUUCAGCCGCAGUUUUGCCUCCAGUGGGAGGUGGGCAUGAAGACCUGACACAGCUAUCUUUUUCUGCACUAACCUGGACACAACGUGCUCUAAGAGAACACAUCCAUCUGUUCAUAGGUUGACUCAGUGUCUUGUCCAUCUCUUCUGUUGCCAGUUAUGGAAGAUGCAAGUGCUCCUUUGGUGCGUAAUUGCUGCUUACAGCUGAUCACAUUUUACUGUGUUUAUUUAUUCAGAUCAGCACUGGGGCAGCUGUUUCUUUGGGUUUCUAGACCCAGCAGCUCCGCACACCAUUUCAUUUGCACAGACGAGUCUCCGGGCUUGAGCUAUGGCACAUCUGUUUCAUCCCAGCCCUUAUUACCUAGUACUUAGUUACCUGGCAGCCGUGAAAGUCGGAGACUGAGCCAUGCAGCAUCUUCUUUGUAUGUUAAUACAUGGGAACAAAUGCAGUGUUCUUAGCAAGACAAAGAGGAGGUUUGUUUUGCUCUACCAUGCAGCCACCCAAAACUCCCCCAUGUUUCAGGAGAAACAGGUGAAAUACAAGGGGGAGGUGACAGAAGCAGUUAGCCUGUGGUUAUGUUCUGGUUCCAGGGGCAUUCCAUGUAGCCAAAUGACGUCCCAAUAGAGCACUGCUUUGCUGGGCUUUAGGCUCUCUCUGCUAUUACCUGUGAUCCUUUAGCUCCAAAGAGGCAGAGCAAGCAGGAGCCACGUGCUGUUGGACAGAUGGGAACCCAUUGGGCCCAAAGUCCCUGCAGUCUCCGUGGACCAUGCAGCAGCCCCUGGCACCAUGCUCCCUUCAGUGUGUUGGUGCCUGACAAAAGCAUGUAGGAGGGGAAAAAAAGCUGGACAUUUUUGAAUUACAGACACAGUCAUCAAUUUGAAUAUCUUUUUUUUUUUUCUUUUUCCUUUUCCCAAAGAAAAGGAAAUUGUUUCUAAGAGCUUUCAAUUCAAGAUUCUUUGGAUGUGUGAGACAGGAGAGUUUAUUUCUUCAUAUAUGAGGAUUUUCCUGCCCUUGGCCAAAGAUUAUUUUUUCAGUUAGUUAUGGUCUCCUGCUGGCAUAAAUACAGCUGUUAAAUGCCCAAAGCAAGAAAGCUAGAGAAAAAAGAGAAUAUUUUAAUAACGUAUGGCAAUUUUUUAAGUUUUGGGUGUUGUUUCUACUAGGCAUCAAAUAGUUGGUCACCAAAAGGUAGCUUUAUGCUUAGAAGAAAAGGAUUUCACUUCCCUUUCUGGUGAGAGUCUUUGUCCAGUGAGGCACAAAAGGCCAGAGCCCUUAGCCAGCUCGGUGUUGCUGUGAUACAAACUGCUGGUGACACGUCAACAGAGGGCGAGCUGUUUCACACACCUCCUUCAGCCCCAGUUCUUCUUCACUCCAAAUCAGUCGUGCAUCUCCUGUAGCAUCCAGAUUGCCCCGUAGUGAGGAAAUAUGGGCAGAGAAAAAUCAGGCUUUUCCCAUGUUGGCAACGUUAGAUUUUGUUCCAUGAGUGUUUCCAACAGCAUAAUUGUAAAAAACAAACAAAAACAAACAAACAAAAAAACACCUGACAAGAACAAAAUGUGAAAGAAAUUGUCUGACGCUAAAUCUCCUUACAGCAAGGAAAAAUAUUUCUGCGAUGCCGGGUCUGAUUCUCGUUUUCCAGUGUGUCAUAAGUAUCUGCAUCUUUUUUUAGCCCCUUCCAGGCCCUGGUUACAGCACAGUCAUUCCACGUGUUCUUCUUAUGGCUGCAGGCUUGGGAGCUCUCUGCAGGGCACAGCAUUGUACUGACAGCAUUAAUACUCUACGUAUAGACAGUACGUUGGUUGUGUCCCAUCACUUAGUGUAUUUAUAUGGUGUACAUACUGUGUAUAUUCAGUUUAUAAGCAUAAAGAGCUUGUGACUCAAUAUUUGUAAGUCUCUAUUGUGCUUGGUGCCGUUACCCAGGCAGGCAUGUUUUAAUGAGCACGUCACCAGUUUACAGUUAUAAUACCUACUCUCUCCCCCAGAUUUCCCCACUUCCGUCUUCACUCGAGAUCAAAAUGUUCACUCCUGGUCUCUACUUUGCUUACUUGAGGCAAAAGGGCACUUUUAAUUGAGAAUUUGCAAUUCUCACCCUACACAAGCUGUCUGUAGCAAAAGCAGCAGAACACAUCCUCUCCUGAGCACUUGCAGAGAGGCAGCGCCUGACAGAGGCUCAGCGAGCUGCUCCAGCAGUGUAGUUAUGACCCGUUUGCACUCUGCACAGCUGACUCCUGCUGAAAUAGCGUGUGGUCCUAGCUAAGGGUUAACCACACAGCAGUCUUACUCUGGACCAAAGAAGGGCUACAGUCAGCUUUGGUUUCGAGUGUCAGGCAGGCAUGAGCAGCAGAGUAGGGAUUUGGACAUGCCUCAUCAAUGCCGUUUGGUGCCAAAUGCUGCUCAUUCCUGUUUGGCCAUCCAUCCAGCUAGCCAGACAGAAGAUAUCAGGGGCCCUGGGGGCGUUUGUGACAAAUACACAUUGAUUUUUUUUGAGCUGUGCUGGGUACUUGCCAAGCUGAAUACAUGGUAUCAAAUGCAGGAUGGUAAUGAAUAGCACUGCAGGUGCUCUGAGGAACGGCCUGGCUGCUCGAGUAGCUCCUAAGCACUGAUUACUCUGUAAAAAGAAGUAAUAUUUAUACUAGCUGGACUUUGGGAGCAUUUUUGGUUUUAUCCCUAUCUGGUUCCAGGCCAGCUUGGAUGGGGCCCUGGGCAACUGGAUCUAGCAGUUGGCAACCCUGCCUGUGGCAAGGAGGUUAAAACUUGAUGAUCCUUGAGGUCCCUUCCAACCUGAGCCAUUCAGUGAUUCUAUGGUAGCUUAAUUUCAUAGAGAAUGGAAGCAGUUGGGUGCUUCUAUUUCCUCCAGCAGACUGAUUGUCCUCUCAGAGGAAGGACCCAUCCAGAGCUGCAUAUAUAUUUUAGAAAGGAAGGGAUAAGACAAAUCUUUGCAAAAUAGAAGGCAGUUAGGUAAAGAUACAUUGGCAGUUCCCAUUACUGCCUUUAAACAAUCACAGAAAAGCUUUUGGUUGGAAAAGACAUAGUGAUGUCAUCUCAUCCAGCCUACUGCUCAAAGCAGGGCUCAUUUCAGAAUUAUGUGCUGCAGCAAAGGGGCAUGUGUCUACUGACGUUGGACGAUAAAGACUGAAAGGGAGUGGGAAGAAAGAGUUUGGAUGGAGAGCAGCCUGUGGAACCACCAGAACACAUCAAAGCUGAAAGCUUACCCGUUUGUGAAAAGCAGCAGGUACUUUUUACGGCUACUAAUAAAUGUCACAAAUAAAUUAGCACAUUCAUUUAACAGAUACGAGCUGGUUUAUCUAAACAGCAAUAGACAGGAGAUUACAAAGACACAUUUCUUAUUCCCUGACUGUUCCCUGCAGUUUUCUGCAGCUCGCUCUGAAGUAAACAAGCUACUAGUGAAGGCAGAUCGCUUUGCCAAGUGGCCCCGUAGUCUGUCCAUUCCUCUUUCCGCUGCUAACAGAAUCACUUUCACACUGGUUUGUGUGAAUUUCUGCCUUCCUGCUGUGCGCUGCCAGACUCCAAGUACCUGUCAGAAACAUCAUUUGGCACAGACUCUCCGUUACUAGGAUCUUUCUCUUCCAGAACAACAGCCCUGCCUUUUCUUGCAAAAAAGACAGUCAACUCCCUUUAGAUUUAACUGCACCAAGCCUUGUUUUUCUCCAAGAAGUCAGGAAAAACCUGCAGCGUCCUGGGUGAUGGGUUUUUCUGUCAUUUAACACUUCUUAGUGAAGAAGCAUUAGGACAAGUCACAGGAAUUGCAUUUUAGUCAUGGGGCUGUUUUGACACUGACGCUGGCAGAGUGAGCUUUGCCAACACACGGGUGUAUGGCACUGAGAUUCCCUAGUGUGAAGUAUGAAGUUGGAGGAGUAAAGCCCCGUCAAGGCAAAUGGAAGCAGCUUAUCAAAAGAAGUAUUUCCUUGCCUGGACACUCCUCCUGGACCAGUGUUGUCUCUCACCCGUCAGUCUCUUUUGGUUUGAAAAGCUCAGGGUUGGUGAAGAAUUGUGGAGUAUGGUUUGUGGUUGAGAAUGGGGGUGGGGUGAGAAAUGGGCAAAAUUGCCACUUCUUAUCAAUUUGGGGAAAUGAAAAUUGUGAAGAUCUGGGGCUCACUGCAGGAUUUCUGCUGAUGGAGGAAUCAGGUACUGGAUCACCUUUUCUGUCUCAGCACGCACAUGUUCUGUUUUCAAAGGCAUGGAGGUUUCUAGCUAAAGCAGUAGCAGAAAACAGAUACAAGUUACAUUGGUUCAAUAUUAAUUUAUGUGGAACAGAAUCACCUAGGCUCUUCUAGGUCCACUGGUCACUUACCCAAUAAGCCGAGCACAUGGUAUAGCGCUCCCCUGCAGUUCCCUGGUUCUGAAGCUGCUGUUCUCCCGUUCUCAAUGCAGACGUACCAAUGGGGAUUCCCCUUUGCCUGGCAUGUUAAGUGCUUGGGCAGUGGUGUGUGUCAUAACUUUUUAGACUGAAGUGCAAUUGUGUACAUUCAUUGCAUACUUUGCCUUAGGACAGUCUAUAAUUCCCAAUGUUUAAUGUUUAUUUUUUGUGUAAUCAGUGACCAUAAUUAAUCUACUACUUCACUUUACUGAAGUAUCUUUUCUUUUUCUUUUUAAACAUUUGUUUGUCUUCAAAUUUGUGAUUCAAAUCUACAGGGGGACAGAUAAGGCUGUACUGGAAUGCUUAAAAAAGACCUCUAAAUAAAGAAUUGGCUUCUCAA